AUGACACCGGACGUUAAAGCUGCAUUUGUUAAACACGGAUCACCGACAAAGUCAAUAAAACGCGAUCAUGAUACUUCGUUCAAUAUCCUCGUCUCGCCAUCGAAGAAGAAGCAGAAGUUUAGCAUUCCGCUGUCACCGACGAAGAAGUGUAAAGCAGUUGAUCCAACAAGUCUCGUCAAGUACCUUCAGAAGACGAAGGCGAGAGAGGUGGAAGUCGCAAAAGUACACAAACUGGGCAUGUUACUGCGUAAUGAGACCAUCGAUUGGGUUGACAGCUUCCUGAAUGCUGGCGGCUUCCAAGUUCUGAUGAACCAGCUGAAUGAGCUGAUCGACAUGGAGUGGAGGGAGGAGCAACACGACGAUCAACUACUACACGAAAUCCUGUUGUGCCUGAAAGCAUUAUGGACGGUGCAGCGAGCAGUGGGAAUGCUCUUAUCAGCGUCGAAGACCCUGAUACCCAAGUUAACGGAUUUCCUGUUUUCAAAGAAGCAACCCGCCGAGUACGAGGAUCGGCGCAUUUUAAUCGAGCUGAUGACGACCUUCCUUCUAUCAUACGCGACCCUUGAUUCACGACACUCCGCAGCACGCACUCUCCUUUCUCACCUCUCAGAUCCCCCAACACCAUCCUCAACGAUCCCUCUCUUCCUUGAAGCAGCGCAUACACCACGUCCCUUCAAACAUCGCUGGUGUCAAGAAAUGGGCGCUGUUACGAGAGACGUCUUCUGGGUUUGGUCCCACAGCAGCAACAUCAUCCAAUCAACUCCCCUCGAACUCUCUAUAUGGACAAACUUGGACUAUCAAGACCGAAUCCUCGCGGAGAAAGAAGCCAAAACCGCCGCCGAAUUACCAUCAGGUUUCGUGGGUAGUCCAGAAGAAGGAGCAUGUUCAUACAUGACCGCGAUGGUCCGCCUCCUCAAUCUCCUGAUUGUUGCGUAUGCGGAACCGAGGGUAUCUGAAGCUGAACAGCGGAUGCAGAGACAUGGUUUGAGGAUACAGUUACGUGAUUCGGGGAUGGAGAAGAUUAUGGGUAGUGCCCUGCGGCGGGCGAAUGCGAAGUACUAUAAGGGACUUCAUGCUGGAUUGUCGCAUUGGGUGGCUAUGGCGUGGUUAGAUGAGUGGAGUGCGAGUACUGUCUCGCAUGGACCUGUUGGAGAGGCUGUAGGUGGAAGACAUGGGGGGGGCGGAAAGUCCCCUCGGAAACCCGUUCCGCUGUCAAAGGACGAAGAGUUCAAAUUACCAGAGCUGCCGAAAUGGUCAGAAUUCAGCAAAUUCGAUGAUUGA